GCCUGGCUAGACACCGUGCUACCUAGCUGCCCUUAAGCUGGCAUACAGUAUGAACUUGAUAAAUGUUCAAUUGACCAACUGUUUUUGUAAUGAUACUCAAAAAAAUUCAACUUAUUAUUUCAAAAAAAUAUCAUUUAAUCUCCACUGAAUAAGGGAGGUUUUUAGGAUGGUAUAAAAAUUUUACAACUGGCACAUUAUAUUUAAUCAAAGUCACUUUGAUAAUACAAUCAUGCACUUAGGUUUAAAAAUCAACUGUAAAAAGAUCCUAGAGAUACAUAGCCAGAUAACAUUUCAUGCACAUUUGAGAUGACUUCUAGUUUUAUAUCAGUCACCAAAUAUAAUUUGACUGCCAAGAAACAAUACAUAUUAAUAAUGAAAAGAAAUUGAAAUCAUCAUUAUUAAUAUAUUUCAAGAAAAUUUUUAUGUACAUACAUAUAUAUUUAGAUGUUUAUUUAUACACACAUAUAUCUUUAAAAGAUAUGGUAGAUGAUUUUGACACAUGACAAGGCCUUGAACUCCAAUGGCUCCUAUUGCCUCUGAAGAUUUCUCUUCCUGACUAUAUCAAAGCCUGUUUUUUCCAAAGUGAAUCACAUCUCUAUCCUUAAAAAAUUUUGUUUCAGCUAAAAUUAUCUGCUUGUUGCUUUAAGAACUUAACAUUGCAUCUUGUCUUAAUGACUUUGUACCAGGAUACAUUUCCAGAAUAGAUUUUCUCUUGAUUUUGGUCUCUUAAAAUCCUUAGCUUUCUUCAAGGCAUAUCUCAGAUAUCAUUCUGUAGGAAAGCUUCCUGAGAGUAAGUUUUCAGUGUUUUCUACCUUUUCAAAUUAUUUUAUCUUUUUGUUUUUGUAUUACUAGUGAUGCCUUGUACUGAUAAUUAGACCAUCAUUUUAUUAUGUGUACAAACUAACUCAUACAACAACUUCAAAGUGAUAGUAACAAAUAUUUUAAUUAGCUUUCUAGUAUGCCAUAGGGAAAGAAGCAAACUCCCCAGUUUAAAAUUUAAAGUAAUUCACAAUCUGUAUUCAAUCUAUAUCUCCAGGUUUAUCCCACACAGCUUGUUCUCCCUACAUGCACUUUCCAUUCCAGCCACACUGACCUACCUAAAGUUCCUCCCAGAGUUCAGCUCAUAUCUCCAUGUCACUGCAUAAGUCAUUCAAACCUCAUAACUGGAAUACACUCCCUCUUCAUUUGAGAUUUGCAUUUCUACUUUUCCUCAAGUCUAGGCUCAAGUAUUACCUUCCAAAGAAGGACCAAGUCCAGACCCUCUCCACCUCCCCCCCAGUUGCUUUGGUAUUUACUUAUCAGUGUUCACAGUUAACACUCUUUCCUAUUUCCACAGUAAACUCCUCAAGGACUGUUUUUUUUUUUUUUUUUCCUCUCUUGGUAAUUCCAGUUUCUAGCACUCAGUGAGUACAAGGUAAAUGAUUGCUGCAAGAAUAGGUUAUUUUAAUGACCAAUGGCCAAAAGAGAUCAUUUUAAAUAAUAUUUCAACUACAUGGCAAAAAGAGGAACUAUUAAUAGUUCAAAAAUAAAUGGUGCUCCAGAAAACAACCUUAAUUGAUUAGUCUGAAUAAAAAGAAUUAGAUCUUGAUUAUCCUAAAUUUCCUUAAAUUGAAAAAUGGGGAGUGGGAAGAAAAUUUGUUGUUGUUGUUGUUGUUGUUCUAAAUGUGUUUUUUCUUUUCUUUACUUUUUUUUUUUUUUUAUUAAAGCUUUUUACUUACAAAACAUACGCAUGGGUAAUUUUUCAACAUUGACCCUUGCAAAAUCUUCUGUUCCAAAUUUUCCCCUCCUUCUCCCCACCUCAUCCCCUAGAUGGCAGGUAGUCUAAUACAUGUUAAAUAUGUUAAAAUACAUGUUAAAUCCGAUAUAUGUAUGCAUAUUAAUAGUUAUCUUGCUGCAGAAGAAAAAUCGGAUCAAGAAUGAAAAAAAGAAAAAAAACCUGAGAAAGAAAACAAAAUGCAAGCAAGCAACCAGUGAAAAUGCUAUGUUGUGGUCCACACUCAGGAGUGGGAAGGAAAUUAUAAACGUGAUGAUUUAAUAAACACCUUUCAUUACCAACAAGCAUUCAGUUCUAUUUUGAUGAAAGCAUGCUAACCUCAAAAUACUAUAAAACUAAACAUUAACUUUAUUUCAAAUGUGAUAAAAAGUUACAUUAGAAUAUUGUUUCCCAGCAUUAAAAUGAUAAGUUAUAUGAAAUUACAUCUAUCUCAAUAACAGCUACAGUGGGUUAAUUUUAUCUACAUUAAGAAAAACAGAGAAAUCAAAGAAGGCAUUAACUUCAAAUCACUUCUAACUCAAAUUUUAUUUAUUCCUGAAACCUAAAUUUUUAGUUAUUAAUGUUUCCACUCAUGGAACAAAUCAAAAAUCCUAUGCCUUGCUAUGAAUUGAUAAAAUAUGUUUGAAGAAAAAGGAAGUGGUUCACUGAUAAUUUUAAUUCAAAAACAGAAAAAUACACAGUUAAUGAAAACUAAUAAAGAACUUAAAGGUAACUAAUCAAAUUUAUGCUGAGGUUGCAGCAACUACUUCAGAAUUUAAAAUAUUAACUCAAAGGAAAAAACCUCCAUAGGCCAACACCCCAGAAGGCGUUUCCAAGUAAAAAUUUACAAGACCUGUCUCUUAAAAGGAGACCAGACUAUUUACAAGCCUCCAAGGUAUAUUCCUAGCAGACGCGUUAUCUGGUUAAAGAAAAAGCAAUCACAAGAGGUUGAAACUAUUCUUUGUGCAAACCCAGCCUCUUCUUCCUGUGAUGUCAUACUACAAACCUAGCAAGCCUUCCUUUUCUUUUCUGAGAAAGCAAACCCUGCACACACAAUGCUGCAGGCGACUGAAGGCGACUGAAGAAAACUUCUCAAUUCAUCUGGAGCAAGGAACUUUAGGGAAUUGUUUCUGAGCUCACUUUAAUUUUCGCUUUAGGAAAUCUGCUCGCCAUAAAGGUAGCAAAGGAAAAACUUACUUUAAAGGAAUAAGAAGCUAAAGACCAAGUGGGAAUAUUUAAAGCCUUUCACGUUCUAAACCUUCUGAUUUCAAACAGAGGCAAACCACGGCGGUUUACUUUAAAUUCAUGCUCCUAAAGAAUGAUUUUACUCGCUAUCUAAAACAAGGAUUCUUUCAACCAACCAGUCCUGGAAUCCCGGUUUUUGUAGGCACUCCUGGAAGAAAAGAAUGCUUUUCUCUUGAGGAACUAAACUGCAACUUUACAGCCAAAUUUCAUGUUUCUUUUGGAGAUUUCCAAGGGAAAGGAAAUACUUAUGAAGCCAUCCAAAGAUCCCAAACAUUUGCAAAUAAAUUAGAGAUUAUAAAGUGAUCACCAUCUGAAUACUGAAACCGAGGAAAAGGAGACUGCCCCAGCUAGGAUUUCUACAUUGUAAAUCACCUUAUAAAGCACCUUUAUAAUGGUAAGCACUAACAAUUCCAACUGUUCCUAUGACGACUCCUUUAAGUAUACUUUGUAUGGGUGCAUGUUCAGCAUGGUGUUUGUACUGGGGUUAAUCUCUAACUGUGUGGCCAUGUACAUUUUCUUAUGCACACUCAAAGUGCGAAAUGAGACGACUACAUAUAUGAUUAAUUUGGCCCUAUCAGAUUUACUUUUCGUAUUUACCUUGCCCUUCCGGAUUUUUUACUUUGCCACACGAAACUGGCCUUUUGGAGAUGUACUUUGCAAGAUUUCGGUCAUGCUGUUUUAUACAAAUAUGUAUGGAAGCAUUCUUUUCCUAACUUGUAUCAGUGUAGAUCGUUUUUUGGCUAUUCUCUAUCCAUUUCGAUCUAAGACUCUCCGAACUAAGAAAAAUGCAAAAAUCGUUUGUUUUUCCGUAUGGCUGACUGUGAUAGGUGGCAGUGCCCCAGCAGCCUUUUUUCCGUCUACUCACUCCCAGGGCAAAAACUCAACCGAAGAAGCGUGCUUUGAAAAUUUCCCGGAAGCCACGUGGAAAACCUAUCUCUCAAGGAUUGUAAUUUUCAUUGAAACGGUGGGAUUUUUUAUUCCAUUGAUAUUAAAUGUGACCUGUUCCAGUAUGGUGUUAAAGACUUUACAUAAGCCAGUGACUCUAAGUAGAAGCAAACUAAACAAAACUAAAGUCCUGAAGAUGAUCUUUGUUCACCUGGUAAUAUUUUGCUUUUGUUUUGUACCAUAUAACAUCAACUUGAUAUUAUAUUCUCUUAUGAGAACACAAACAUUUGUUAACUGCUCAGUGGUGGCUGCAGUCAGGACUAUGUAUCCAAUCACUCUCUGCAUUGCUGUUUCAAACUGUUGUUUUGACCCUAUAAUUUACUACUUUACAUCGGACACUAUUCAAAAUUCAAUAAAAAUGAAGAACUGGUCUGCCAGGAAGAGUGAUUUCAGAUUCUCUGAAAUUCAAGGAACAGAGAAUUUUAUCCAGCACAAUCUGCAGACAUUGAAAAAUAAAAUAUUUGAUAAUGAAUCUACAAUAUAAAAUACAGGAACUAUAGCUUAUUGGGACUUAACUGCCCAACACCACCACAACUGUGAAAAGUGUUUUUCUGUGUGAACUAUUUCUUCAGUUCAUAAAGACAUUUAAAAUAUGAACAGUGCUUCAAAUAUCUAAAGUUCUUAGGAUUAAAAAUGGAAAAAUAAUCUAUUAAGUAUUAAAAGUAUAUUCUGCUCUUGGUAGCUACUGCA